UUUUUUUAAUAUUAGUGGUUCCGGGAGCCUCCAAUUUGGUUAAUAAUAUUUCAAGUAUAUAUAUUACAACUCUUUAUAAGAUCUAUUUUAGAUUUAAAAUUAUUUAAUAAUAGUUCUAGUUCAGUUAUUUUCAGUAAAUCAAAAUAAAUAAAACUAAAUAUUUGUAGUAGUUAUUUAAGUUUUAAUUAUUCAUUUUAAAUACUAAUUUAUAUAUUUUUUUGGAUCAGAAUUUUAAGAUUUGUUUCUCAUAUUUUUAGGUUUUGGAUAUCCAUUCAAAUUCGGAAGGUUUGAUACAAAAUUUGAGCUCUUUCGUUUGGUCCGUUUGGAUUCAGCUAGAGUCUCAGUUACUGAAUAUUAAGGUUUAAAAUUUUGAAGUAAGAUUCUUUUUAUAUAUUUUAACCAAAAAAAGAUUCUUUUAUAUACCUUUUUUUUUGUUCAAAAGAUUCUUUUAUAUACCUAUAUGUAAAUAGCUAAAGAAAUUUAACGGUUAACAAAAAAAUACUUAUAAGAAUAUACAGUAAUGUUUCUUCUUUCAUGUCUUUUUGAACAUAAGUGAAAAAAAGAUCGAAGAAAGCACAGAUGUACAUGAGAAUCUGUAAAAUCAGUAGCGAAUUGAAAGGUAGUUGUGAUGGGGUCACGUGAUAUAAUAUCAACCACGUGUCCGCCGCAAUUCCACCGGCAAGUUAUGAUCACACGAUAAUCAAACCAAACGAAAAUAUGACGAAUUUAAACGAAGAUAUUAAACCGAUUUAUGCACACCAACUUGGCUUUUUUUAGCAUAUCAAGCUGGUUUUAUUUAGUUCCAUGAUUGGACCACUGAUCAACGUCCUGAUAUGCAGCUUAAUUAAUGUGAUCACGUUAUGUAGCGCAUGCAAUGAUUAAUUAAGCUAUCAAUUAAUUAGCAUGGUUUAUAAUUCGUUUUGUCAGAAUUUUGGUGACACGCUGUCACUACCAAAGGAAAGUCAAAUGUAUUUUUAUAACAAAUAGUCAAAUGUCUUAAGAAACAAUAAUGAAGAACAAUUUAUGAAGAAAUUAAAGACGUCAUAAAUUAAAUUGCCUCUAAUUUCUUGGGUUCUGUAAUCACAAUAACACAACCAAAACUAGAAAUCUCUAGAGGCCAUAAGACCAACAUUAUCGGGCGUCCUUAGCCUGAUUUCUAAGGAAUAUUGGACCAAAAUUAAAUCAAAAAGGCUUAAAUUACAAAGAAACGGAAGUCCAUUGUCCUUAAUUAAGAAGUUUUGUCGAUGGUCCUUAAUGCCAGCUGGCUGAAUGCGAUUGGGUGUGGAAGUGGUGUAGGGCAAUGUCGUUUUACCGUCUGAAAAUCAAUUGCAUGUUCUCCUGACUCUCUCUCUCUCGGCGGAGAAAGAGAUCGACAGAGAUCGUCCCCCCUAUUUCAUCCCGAUUUCAAAAUCCUCUGGGGUAUUUCGCUCCCUCCACACCGAUCCGUUGUCUCACCGAAAGCUUCUCCACCGAUUUCAAUCGAAAAGAUAUGUCUUCCUCAUCCGCUUUGAGAUUAUGUCGUUGUUAUUGUCGCUCUACCUCUCGUUGGAACGGUGUGCUUGUAGCUUAAACAAUCUCAUACAUGCUUCCUCGGGAUUCCUUGAGAGUUCAACGGCUUCAGUCGUUGAUAAUGGCAAGGGGGUUGAACUGUGGAAGGAGAACGGACACCCUUCUCCUGUUUGGUUGAAGUUAAUGAGGGAUAUAGUAGCUGGUCUAGUUCAUUUGCAUGAUAUAGGAAUCAUACAUAGAGAUCUAAAGCCUCAAAAUGUGUUAAUUGUUAAGAACAAUUCAUCUCUAUGCGCUAAGCUAUCAGAUAUGGGUAUUAGAAAAUGUUUGCCAGCUGAGACAAGUGCCCUGACUAGAAACUCAACUGGUUCUGGAAGUUCUGGGUGGCAAGCACCUGAGCAACUCCGCAAUGAGCGGCAAACAAGAGCAGUUGAUCUCUUCGGUUUGAGACCAAGAGCACAAGAAUUUACUUUUGGUUUGUGAAAACGCUGACAUGAGACUGUCUUUUCUCCGGGACGCAAGCGAUAGGGUCGAACUGGAGAACCGAGAAGAAGGGUCACAGCUCUUGGCUGCGCUUGAAAGCACAGUGGCGGUGACUCUAAACGGGCGGUGGGAUGAGAAGUUGGAUGGUAUAUUCCUAGACAACAUUGGGCGUUACAGGUGAUACAAGUUUGAUAGCAUCAGAGACUUGUUGAGGGUGAUAAGGAACAAGCUGAAUCAUUAUAGAGAGCUUCCUGGUGAGUUACAGGAACUACUUGAGAGUGUUGUAAUGUAUAUAGGGUGAUAAGGAACAAGCUGAAUCAUAACACAUUCGUGACUGAUGUGUUAUUGUAUGUUGUUGUAAUUGGACGACCUGUUGUUUUAGCAAGUUGGUUUUUUCAUCUAGAUGCAUAAACCAAUUUCAAUCUAGAUGCAAAGUUGACGAGGAAGGGAGAAGUUGCUUCUUGUCCAAGCAGCUUUUUUUUUAACCACACCCAAACGCCCAAAUUAAUUUACUAAGAAACAACAAAAAGUUCUACCAAUAAUCUACAUUUUUUGGAUUGUCUCUUACCUUUAUCUCUUAACAUAAAAAUAAUAAUAAAAUAAGCUAAGGACUUAAAAUUAGUCCUACCAAUAAUGUUGCUCUAAGAAAGUUAGCGAUUAAAUGCGAUCUUUAGGUUGACCUUUCAUAUAUUCUCUUGCCUCUGAUUUUUUCGGCCAACUUGGUCUUUAGUUUGUGGUAACUUGUAUAAGUGUUUAUCCUGUCGUGCUUUUUCCUUAGAUUUUGAGACUUGGAAUCUGAGUGGGAUUGUGGGUGAGUGCGGUUUCCUAUAGGCUUCAGGCGAUUUUCAACUUUUGGUAUAUAUCCUUUUUGUUCAUGUAGUUUCUUCCUCCAUUUUAGUUCUUUAGUGACCACUGCGUUCGGUUUUGGUUGCACAAAGUUGAAUCCAAAUUAGAUACGGUCUCUUUUCGGGUCGUGUGGUCAGUUCGUGUGAUGAUUUCAGAAAUUCCUUGCCUACCUCUUCUUAUUCUUGCUGGUGAUGAUGAUAGGUUUUGAAGAAAUCUUUUACCUCUGGUCGUGGUCUUGGUGACCCAACAGCCGUUUUCAUUUGUGACGGGGUGUACAAGUGGUGUUCGGUAAAGUUCCAUGGUGAUUAGGAUGUUAUGAUACCGUUGAAGUUGUUGUAGGUAGCGCCGCGGUGUUAUGUUAAAUGGUGUUUGAAGUCUUCACCAAUUUGGAUUAUGGUUUUAUGUAUAGGAUGUUGGAGUUAGCUUGAAGAAAGCUUGAGGUGCAAGAUAGUCUUUUCCUAGUUGAUAAACACAAAACAUAUUAUGAUCAUUAUCCAUUAAACUAAUCCGGCCAUGAAACACAGGAUGUGUUUACUCCGGCCAUGAAACACAGGAUUUUUGGCUAGUUGUAUCGCUGACUUGUUAUCAACACGUAGAGUCACCCGUCGGCUUUCCUUGUUCACGACUUCACUCAGCAACUCCUGCUACCUGAUAUAUGGUGUUUUAUACAUCUUGUAUAUAUGCUUUUAAAUUGGUUUUCAAGUCUUUAUCGAGUCUUCCUAGUCCUUUUCGAGUCAUUACAGGUCUGGAGUUGCAUUGGAUGGGAGAUGAACCAGCUGGAACAAAAGAGGCAGAAAACAGUGCAAUUUGGUGAUUUUCACGCAGAACAGUCUUGAUGACUGUUCUGGAUAGCGGAGCAACCCGAGUGACUGUUCCGAGGGAGUGUUCCAGCGGCAGAGAUUUUUAAGGAAACAACAACUUAUUUCGGGAUUUGCCCUAAUCUCUCUAUUUUCUCUCCCAGCCGCCUGUGGUUUUGAUAUAUCUUCUUUUUCUGUUUUUCCUUAUGAUACUACGCUGUUUUUGGGAGAAGAAACCAGACCUUAGAGUUGGAGACUUGUGAUUUGAUACUUUGUAAAGGGAGAAGGCUCCUUCUCUCUCACCAUAGAGAAGAACCCUCUGAACCCUUAUUCUAUUUUAUCUACACAUGUUUUAUUCAGUC